AUGAGCGGGGGUCACUUUUGCAUGGAGCGUUUGUCCUUCUGCCUCCUCCUGAGUGCCUGGAGCUGGGGGUGGGCGCCUGGGGGUGCUGCCAAGCCCAAAGGCCAGGGCUACCCGCACAUGAACUCCAUCCGCAUCGACGGCGACAUCACGCUCGGGGGGCUCUUCCCCGUGCACGGCCGGGGCGCCGAGGGCAAAGCCUGCGGGGAGCUGAAGAAGGAGAAGGGCAUCCAUCGCCUGGAGGCCAUGCUCUUCGCCCUGGACCGCAUCAACAACGACCCCGACCUGCUGCCCAACAUCACGCUGGGCGCCCGCAUCCUGGACACGUGCUCGCGGGACACGCACGCCCUGGAGCAGUCGCUGACCUUCGUGCAGGCCCUCAUCGAGAAGGACAGCACCGAGGUGCGCUGUGUCAGCGGGGGACCCCCCAUCAUCACCAAGCCGGAGCGCGUGGUCGGCGUCAUCGGCGCCUCGGGCAGCUCCGUGUCCAUCAUGGUGGCCAACAUCCUGCGGCUCUUCAAGAUCCCCCAGAUCAGCUACGCCUCCACGGCGCCGGACCUGAGCGACAACAGCCGCUACGACUUCUUCUCCCGCGUGGUCCCCUCGGACACCUACCAGGCCCAGGCCAUGGUGGACAUUGUCAAAGCCCUCAAGUGGAAUUACGUCUCCACCUUGGCCUCCGAGGGCAGCUAUGGUGAAAGCGGGGUGGAGGCCUUCAUCCAGAAGUCCAGGGAGGAUGGCGGGGUCUGCGUGGCCCAGUCCGUGAAGAUCCCGAGGGAGCCCAAGCCAGGGGAGUUUGACAAGAUCAUCCGCCGGCUCCUGGAGACCUCGCACGCCCGCGCCGUCAUCAUCUUCGCCAACGAGGACGACAUCAGAAGGGUGCUGGAGGCGGCCAAGAGGGCGAACCAGACCGGGCACUUCAUCUGGAUGGGCUCGGACAGCUGGGGCUCCAAAAUUGCCCCCGUCCUGCACCUGGAGGAGGUGGCCGAGGGCUCUGUCACCAUCCUGCCCAAGAGGGUCUCAGUCAGAGGUUUCGACCGCUACUUCUCCAGCAGGACCCUGGACAACAACCGCAGGAACAUCUGGUUUGCCGAGUUCUGGGAGGAGAAUUUCCACUGCAAGCUGAGCCGGCACGCGCUGAGGAAGGGCAGCAGCAUCAAGAAAUGCACCAACCGCGAGAGGAUCGGCCAGGACUCCUCGUACGAGCAGGAGGGGAAGGUGCAGUUCGUCAUCGAUGCCGUCUACGCCAUGGGCCACGCCCUGCACAACAUGCACAAGAACCUGUGCCCCGGCAAGGUGGGGCUGUGCCCCCGCAUGGACCCGGUGGACGGCGUGGAGCUGCUCAAGUACAUCCGCAACGUCAACUUCUCAGGCAUUGCUGGGACUCCUGUGACAUUCAAUGAGAACGGAGAUGCCCCGGGGCGUUACGACAUCUACCAGUACCAGAUCAGGAACUCCACCCCUGAGUACAAAGUCAUCGGGCAGUGGACAGACCACCUGCACCUCCAGGUGGAGAGCAUGCUGUGGCCUGGGGGCGGGAGCCAGCAGCCCAGCUCCAUCUGCAGCCUGCCCUGCAAGCCAGGCGAGAGGAAGAAGCUGGUGAAGGGCAUCCCCUGCUGCUGGCACUGCGAGCGCUGCGACGGCUACCAGUACCAGCUGGACGAGUUCCACUGCAAGCGCUGCCACUUCAACGAGCGGCCCAACGAGAACCACACCAGCUGCACGCCCAUCCCCAUCAUCAAGCUGGAGUGGAGCUCGCCCUGGGCCGUGGUGCCCGUGUUCAUCGCCAUCGUGGGCAUCAUCGCCACCCUGUUCGUGGUGAUCACCUUCGUGCGCUACAACGACACGCCCAUCGUCAAGGCGUCGGGGCGGGAGCUCAGCUACGUCCUGCUCACGGGCAUCUUCCUCUGCUACGCCACCACCUUCCUGAUGAUCGCCGAGCCCGACCUCAGCACCUGCUCCCUGCGGCGCAUCUUCCUGGGGCUGGGCAUGAGCAUCAGCUACGCCGCGCUGCUCACCAAGACCAACCGCAUCUACCGCAUCUUCGAGCAGGGCAAGAAGUCGGUGAGCGCCCCGCGCUUCAUCAGCCCCGCCUCGCAGCUGGUCAUCACCUUCAGCCUCAUCUCCCUGCAGCUCGUCGGCGUCUGCAUCUGGUUCAUCGUGGACCCGUCCCACUCUGUCAUUGACUACGAGGACCAGCGGACUACAAACCCCCACUUUGCCCGGGGUAUCCUCAAAUGUGACAUUUCGGACCUGUCCCUCAUCUGUUUGCUCGGGUACAGCAUGCUCCUCAUGGUCACCUGCACUGUGUACGCCAUUAAGACCCGCGGGGUCCCGGAGACCUUUAACGAAGCCAAGCCCAUUGGGUUCACCAUGUACACGACUUGCAUUGUGUGGUUAGCCUUCAUCCCAAUAUUUUUUGGGACGUCGCAGUCGGCGGAAAAGAUGUACAUCCAGACCACGACGCUCACCAUCUCGGUGAGUCUGAGUGCCUCGGUGUCCCUGGGCAUGCUCUACAUGCCCAAGGUGUACAUCAUCCUCUUCCACCCGGAGCAGAACGUCCCCAAGCGCAAGAGGAGCCUCAAGGCCGUGGUGACAGCUGCCACCAUGUCCAACAAGUUCUCCCAGAAGGGAGGGUUCCGCCCCAACGGAGAGGCCAAGUCGGAGCUCUGCGAGAACCUGGAAACACAAGCACUGGCCACCAAGCAGACCUACGUCAGCUACAGCAACCACGCCAUUUAGCUCCAGGAACAGCGAGCAGGAGGCAGCUGAGCUCCUGGCAGGGACAGCACCACAGGACAGGCAGGUGGCAGCCGGGGGACAGCCCCAGGGCAGAGUCCUGGGGGAAAACGCCAUCAACAGCAGCAAAAAAAAAUCCAUAAAGAAACACUAAAACUCUUCCAGCGCCCACGGUGGCGAUGCAUGGCUCCCACAGAGCGGGGACGGAGCACGGGCAAGAGGGCACGGACUUCAGCAAGUCUUUGGGUUUUGUUUUUUCCUGUAUUUUGGCAAAAAAGAGAAAAAAAAAAAUAAGAGCCCCGGCAUUUUCCCUUUUCUGGAAUUUGUGAGAUUGUUUGUGGUUGUGCAGAACCUUCUGUUUUCUCUUUUUAUUUUAUUUUAAUCUUCCAUCUUCUUUUCGUUCCUGUCUUCCUCCGUCCCUCUUCACUCUCUACCCCAUAUCCUACCAAAUUCUAUAUGUUGCAAAAAGGAAAAAUAAAUAAAAAUACUUAAAAUUUACAUUUAAAAAAAAAACAGACAGCAAAAUAAAAUAAAAUAAAACCUAGACUGUGUUCAAAGUGCUGAUUUCUAUAGGUGGUUCCUUAAUGUAUGUGAUGACCAUAUGGAUUGAAAUAUGUCUGCUUUAUGUACUGACCAGUCAAAAAACAAAAACACACAAAAAAAAACAAAGUUCAGUGCCUGGAUGUUUAUGAAUUAUUCGAUGACUGUGUAGAGCAUGAUCAUUUUUAUACGAGGAGAUUUCUAAUAAAAGACCCUGGUUUUGCACUCGG